GCGUGUUUGCCGGCGCUCGCCGUGGGGUGCGAAGCCCGAGCGUCUACGCUGCCAUGAGGGGCGCGAAUGCCUGGGCGCCGCUCUGCCUGCUGCUGGCCGCCGCUACCCAGCUCUCGCGGCAGCAGUCCCCUGAGAGACCCGUUUUCACAUGUGGCGGCAUUCUUAUUGGAGAGUCUGGAUUUAUUGGCAGUGAAGGUUUUCCUGGAGUGUACCCUCCAAAUAGCAAAUGUACUUGGAAAAUCACAGUUCCUGAAGGAAAAGUAGUUGUUCUUAAUUUCCGAUUCAUAGACCUCGAGAGUGACAACCUGUGCCGCUAUGACUUUGUGGAUGUGUACAAUGGCCAUGCCAAUGGCCAGCGCAUUGGCCGCUUCUGUGGCACUUUCCGGCCUGGAGCCCUGGUGUCCAAUGGCAACAAGAUGAUGGUGCAGAUGAUUUCUGAUGCCAACACGGCUGGCAAUGGCUUCAUGGCCAUGUUCUCCGCGGCUGAACCAAACGAAAGAGGGGAUCAGUAUUGUGGUGGACGCCUUGAAAGACCUUCCGGCUCUUUUAAAACCCCCAACUGGCCAGACCGGGAUUACCCUGCAGGCGUCACUUGUGUGUGGCACAUUGUAGCCCCAAAGAAUCAGCUUAUAGAAUUAAAAUUUGAGAAGUUUGAUGUGGAGCGAGAUAACUACUGCCGAUAUGAUUAUGUGGCUGUGUUUAAUGGUGGGGAAGUCAACGAUGCUAAAAGAAUUGGAAAGUAUUGUGGCGAUAGUCCACCUGCGCCAAUUCUAUCUGAGAGAAAUGAACUUCUUAUUCAGUUUUUAUCAGACUUAAGUUUAACUGCAGAUGGGUUUAUUGGUCACUACAAAUUCAGGCCAAAAAGACUGCCUACAACUACAGCACAACCUGUCACCACCACAGUCCCUGUCACCACGGGUUUAAAACCCACCGUGGCCCUGUGUCAACAAAAGUGUAGACGGACGGGGACUCUGGAGAGCAAUUAUUGUUCAAGUGACUUUGUGUUAGCUGGCACUGUUAUCACAGCCGUCACUCGCGGUGGGAGUUUGCACACCACAGUCUCGAUCAUCAACAUCUACAAAGAGGGAAAUUUGGCAAUUCAGCAGGCAGGCAAGAACAUGAGUGCCAGGCUCAUUGUGGUCUGCAAGCAGUGCCCUCUCCUCAGAAGAGGUCUAAAUUACAUUAUUAUGGGCCAAGUAGGUGAAGAUGGGCAAGGCAGAAUCAUGCCAAACAGCUUUAUCAUGAUGUUUAAGACCAAGAAUCAGAAGCUCCUGAAUGCCUUAAAAAACAAGCAAUGUUAACAGUGAACUGUGUCCAUUUAAGCUGUAUCCUGCCAUUGCUUUUGAAAGAUCUAUUUUCUCUCAGUAGAAAAAAAAAAUACUUAUAAAAUCACAUAUUCUGAAAGAGCAUUCCAAAAGAUGGGACUGUUGACUCUUCACUCUGUUGGAGGUCUGAGGCCUCCGAGAUAGCUGAGGGAAGUUCUUUCCUGCUCUGAGAGGAGCAGCUAUCUGACUGGAAACCUGCCGACUGAGUGUGCUAAGAGGAAGCUGAAAGUGUCAAGCGUUGACAGCUUGGAAGCAGUUUAUUUAUACAUCUCUGUAAAAGGAUAUUUUAGAACUGAGUUGUGUGAAGAUGUCAGAAAGAGAUUUUAGAAGUGCAAUAUUUAUAGUGAUAUCUGUUUUACCUUCAAGCCUUUGCCCUGAGGUGUUACAAUCUUGUCUUGCGUUUUCUAAAUCAAUGCUUAAUAAAAUAUUUUUAAAGGA